AUGUUUCGGACCCUCCGCGACAAUGUGGGUCGCCUUCUUCCUCGUUUCCGCUCGCAGAAAUCCCUUCACCUCUCUCGUUCUCUCCAAUGGAAGCUUCGGGACGAGUACAAGCUUCCUCCGACCGAAUUGGUCGACCGAAUCUGUCGCCUCCUCGUUCUCCAUCGUUUCCAGGCUCUACAGCAACUGUCCUUCCACUUCUCCGACCAGCUCAUGGACUCUGUUCUCCGCAGGCUCAAACUUAACCCUACUGCGUGUUUGAGAUUCUUUAAGUUCGCUUGCAAGCAGCAGAGUUACAGGCCCGAUGUCAAGUCUUACUGCAAGAUUGCUCACAUACUGGCCAGAGCGCGAAUGUACGACGAGACAAGGGUCUUGUUGAACGAAUUGGUGGUGAAUUACUGUAAGAAUAAUUACUGGGCAGUUAUUGUUUGGGAUGAGAUUGUUGCAGUUUAUAGGGAGUUCUCGUUUUCUCCAACUGUCUUUGAUAUGAUCUUGAAGGUAUAUUCGGAGAAGGGUAUGACAAAGUAUGCCUUACAUGUUUUAGAUAAUAUGGGCAAGUGGGGUCGUAUCCCCAGUUUGAGGUCCUGCAAUUGCUUGUUGAGUAAAUUGGUUAAGAAUGGUGAGUGUAGCACGGCGUUACUCGUUUUCGAUCAGAUGAUGAGGUUAGAUACUGUGCCUGAUGUUUUUAUGUGUACAAUUAUGGUGAAUGCUUAUUGUCAGGAAGGAAGAGUGGCGGGGGCUUUUUUUUUUAUGGAAGAGAUGGAGAGGAAGAUGGGAUUUGAACCAAAUGUUGUUACUUACAACGCUUUGCUUCAUGGGUAUGUAAACCAGGGAGAUAUAGAAGGGGCAGAAAAAGUAUUGAGUUUGAUGUCUAAAAGAGGUGUUUCAAGAAAUGUACUUACUUUCACCUUGUUGAUAAAAGGUUACUGUAAGCGAUCUAGGAUGGAUGAAGCAGAGAAGGUGCUUGAAGGCCUAGGGGAGGAUGACUUGCUGGUAGUGGAUGAACGUGUGUAUGGCGUACUGCUGGAUGGGUAUUGUCAAAUAGGCAAAAUGGAUGAUGCCAUUAGGACCCGAGAUAAGAUGUUAAAAAGAGGCUUGAAAAUGAAUAUAUUUAUCUGCAACUCCUUGAUCAAAGGGUACUGCAAGCAUGGCCAAGUAUGCAAAGCAGAAGAAGUCUUUUGGCAGAUCCGGGAUUGGAAGCUAAGGCCAGAUUCUUAUAGUUAUAAUACAUUAUUAGACGGUUAUUGCAGGGAAGGACAUAUAAGCAAGGCUUUUAUGCUUUGUGAGGAGAUGUGGCGAGAUGGAAUUAAUCAAUUACCUGUCACUUACAAUAUUAUUCUUAAGGGGUUAAUUCGUGCUGGUUGUUAUGAUGAUGCUUUGUGCCUUUGGCAUUCAAUGCUACAAAGGGGUGUGACUCCAAAUGAAGUCAGUUACUGUACUCUGCUUCAUUGCUUCUUUGAAAUGGGAGACUCAGAUAGCGCUAUGAUGCUAUGGAAAGACAUGUUAGGGAGGGGAUUUACCAAGAGCAAAGUUGGUUUCAAUACAGUGAUCAGUGGUUUAUGUAAGAUGGGUAAGGUAGUGGAAGCAGAGGCAGUUUUCAGCAGAAUGAAGGAGCUUGGAUGUUCACCAGAUGAAAUGACGUACAGGACUCUGAGUGAUGGGUAUUGUAAAAUUGGUAGUGUCAUAGAAGCUUUUAAAAUUAAGGACGUGAUGGAGAGACAAGAACUUUCUCCUUCCAUUGAAAUGUAUAAUUCUCUUAUUAAUGGACUUUUCAAGUCUAGGAAGCCAACCAAAGUCAGUGAUCUCCUUGCUGAGAUGCAGAGCAGAGGAUUAUCUCCUAAUAUUAUCACCUAUGGAACCCUUAUUGCUGGUUGGUGCAAUGAAGGUAUAUUCGAUAAAGCCUUUAGUGUAUAUUUUGAGAUGAUUAAUAGGGGGUUCUCUCCCAAUUUGGUAGUCUGCAGCAAAAUUGUCAGUAGCCUUUAUAAGUUUGGUAGAAUCAAUGAAGCAACCGUCCUCCUAGACAAGAUGGUAGAUUUUGACCUUCUUACAGUUCAUAAUUGCUCCCCGAAAUUUCUCAAAACUGAUAUCAUUAGCAUAGAAACUGAGAAAAUUGCUGAUUCUCUUGAUAGAAGUUUUAUAAGCUAUCAUCUUCCCAAACCCAGUAAUGUCUUGCACAACAUAACUAUAGCAGGACUUUGUAAAUCUGGGAAAGUUAAGGAAGCAAGAAAUGUUUUAUCAGCUUGGUUACUGAGAGAUUUUCUUCCAGACAAUUUCACAUAUGGUCCCUUAAUUCAUGCCCACUCAGUUGAUGGCAAUGUGAAUGAAGCUUUCAACUUGAGAGACGAGAUGCAGGAGAAAGAUCUUGUUCCCAAUAUUACUACAUAUAAUGCGUUAAUAAAUGGGCUGUGCACGUCAGGGAAUAUGGAUAGAGCACAGAGGCUUUUCCAGAAGCUUCCUCAAAAAGGGUUGGUUCCUAAUGUUGUUACUUAUAAAAUAAUGAUGAAUGGAUACUGCAGAACUGGUGAUUUUACUGAAGCCUCUAAAUUAAGAGAAAGGAUGGUUGAAGAAGGGAUGCUGAUCACAUACUUUGCCUUGACGGGGCUUUUGGGCAUAAUCUCAAGUUUUGGAUCAGAGCAUCCUAUCAGGAAAGGUAUGAUCACAUUCACUCCACCGAAGUAGCAAGUCUUUGCUAGAGUAAGAGAAGUACCAUCAGAGGGUUGCAACUCUUGAGAACGUGGCAGGACUACUGGAAAUCUUCUUUAAAGCUUCAACGUAGAAGCAUUGGUAAAGAGAAUAUAUGGCUGGCAGCAUUUGACGAUUGACCUUGUAACACAGCACGCGACAACUAUAUGCAGCACAUAAUAUUUAAGACAGGAGGAAAUAUCUGCGGUUUCCCUUUAAAUGGAGGAAAAGUCAAUGACGUAUGUGUCUUUCUCUUUAAAAUCGCAGGCUGUGUUCUGAAAAUCCGAUGCUGUAUGUUACAUGGAUUACAAAAUGAUCCUCCAUUGCAGCUAUUGCAAUGAACUUAACAAGAAAGCUACCAAUCACGAUGAGAAUAACGUUCAGAUCUUCGAUCCCAGAUGUGUCACUUUUGAGGAGGGACAGUUAUUGGGGUAGUUUUUUGUCUUGGACUUCUGUUGCUGCAGAUAAACAACUUAAAUUCUACGAUGUAGACCAGUUGGUUGCUAAAAAGGCAAAGGGUAGUUAUUGUUUCAGGCCGAGGAAUUGAGAGAAUAUGUUAUGUUUGGUACAUUAGGUACGAAUGGAAGGAAAAUAGAAAAUAGAUGGAGUAUGAAUAUCAUUCUUGUGUCUUUGGGGACAAAAUAAUAAAGAGAAACAGAUUACUGAUUCAACUACUUUGUCGUCCUCCUUGGCUUCCUUGUAUUUUCAAGAAAGUCUUUUUUUUUUUUUUGAAAAAAAGGAAUUCAAGAAAAUCUUUUUACUCA